AUGGAAAAGGCAAUUGCGAGCGGGGUGGAUGCGAAUCUCUUUCGCCCCACGCCAGAUGGGAAAAGCGCGCAGAUUAAACUGAUACCGCAUGGGGAUAUGUACAUCUGUCCCUGCUUUAAUCCUGAAACGAGUGAGUGCACAAUCUACUCAAUUCGUCCGCUGGACUGCCAGAUAUAUCCUUUCGCCCUGAUGUACAAUCAAGAACAAACACAAGUUGUGCUGGGCGUUGACAUGAUCUGUCCUUAUGGUGAGGCAGAGAUCCAGGCAGCAGCGUUCCAACACUAUAUCGACUACAUCGCGGACUAUCUGGAAUCGGAUCCAGUCGUUGAAACUGUUGCUGCAAGUUGGCAGCUCAUUGGUCCCUAUCAGGACACGGUGGUAAUUGUCCGCACUCUGGAAAAGUUGACAUCAGCGAGAAUGAAAAACAGAUAUUGA